CACCCUCCUUCCUUGCUCCUGCACUGCCUCUUCCACCAAUCCAAAUGUUUCUUAUGGACAGAAAAGAGCAGAGGCUCUGAGCUGUCCGAUCAGGUCCAUUGUCUACUUACUCGAAGUCCUUUAUCUAGCUUUAUGCUCCUAUCAACACACUUCCUGUUUUUGUUUGGAUCUUUUAGCGCCUCUCAUCCCAGUGAAGCGUCUAUCUAUCCUAUUUUCAGCAGUAACUCACAAUUCGUGUCUAAGUAAGAACUGUCAGUGUGUGCGCGCCGCCUCUCAUUACACGGUUUACCUCUACGGCCUCUAAUAGGCUCGCAAGAGCAUGACCGAAUCAUGCAAACAUGGAACUUGGAUAUUUGGUUGUCUUUUGCCUCUACUGUUGAUUGCUGUAACCUAUAUGAACGAUGAAGUUAAAGUGGAAACAAAAAAUACUGUACUGCUUUUUAAAAUUAUGUCGCUGUCACUUUUUAUACACCACAAUCCCUGAAGCGUCCUAUUUCCUUUAGGACCCAGUGGAGCUCUGUGAGCUAAUCCCUGUGAUGUAGUACACAUGCUGUCCCUGGCCGUUGUUUUAGGUCAGUGCUAUUCGGAAUCCUUGGGACGUCCCUACCUUAAACCCUAAAUCUUAACCAUUUUGCAUUUCAACUUCAAAGGGGGUAGUGACGUCCCAAGGAUUCCGGAUAUCAAUGACCGUUUAUGUUGCGGUACUCGAGUGUAUGGCGGGGGCCCAUAAUCAGUUUUGCAGACACUAAUCUCCAUUGUAUGAAAGUGCAUUGUCUGAAAAACAACAUCUGGCUGCUGAAUGUGCACCAUCCAUGUCCAGGUAAAAUGUUACCUGUUACCUAUAGCCUUUCUUAAUCAGGCUCUGAAUGUCGAGGUUUGAUACAGGUUCCUGCUGCUAGCUAGCUAGUCUUGUUCACCAGCUGACUUGGUAACAUUUCUUGGUGUUCUGACCGUACUGCAUGCUUUAAAAGAAAUUACGCAUCAGUUGUUCUCGCACCUGAUAAUUAUGCUCGCCAAUUCAACACGGGGCUUUCUCUGGUCGGAUGUCGAAACCAGAACCUUGCUGAAUAUCUGGGGGGAGCGGGACAUCCAGACGGCGUUGGGCGGAAACUUCCGAAACAGUCAUGUCUACCGCGACGUCGCAAGAAGGUUGGGAAUUAUGGGGUUCGAAAGAACCCCAGAGCAGUGUAGGGUACGAAUCAAAAGCCUGAAAAGGCAGUUUAUCCUGGCCAAGGAGGGCAACCUGAGGAACAACGGACAAUACCACAAAAUCUGCAAAUUCUACGAUGCCAUGGAGACGAUACUAAGCUGCCGUCCCCAGAUUGACCCCCAGGAGUUGUUAGACAGUGGGGCGGUGGGGGAUGAGACCGAGGAGGAAGUGGACACAGACCCUCCACAGGACCCAUACUUGGAGAGCACAGGGGAAAGCUCCUACCCAGAAACCCAAGUGAAGCUCGAAUACCCUCCCAUCCCUGUGACAGUGGGAAAUAGCACUACAGUCAGACAGAUCAGCAGCCAGUCAGCUGGUGGGCCAUCCUCCAAGCGGCCCAAGAAGCAGCACGCCGACCUGGCCCUGGACAGUGUGACGAAGCGCCUCCUGGAGCAAAGUGCCGAGGCUGAGCAGAGCUUCUACCAGAUGGAGGAGCAGCGUCUGCAGGCCGAGGACCACCGGCGAGAAGCCAAACAUGCCCGCGAGCUCCACAUGCUCCAGGUGUUGGGACAGAUUUUUUCCAGCAUCGCCACCAGGAACCCUGUCGCCACAGCUACCCCAAACACUGCAACUGCUCUGAAUACCAUGGAGUCCACCAUGCAGCCAGGUGUGCCCAUGUCCACCUCUGGCCAAAUGAGGUUUGGUCGGUCGAGUCACCGCCGAGUCCGCUCGCCCCAGUCCCAGGCUGAGUGGCCCAGCUACCACAGUCAUCCCCAGUCCAACGCAGGUUUAGUCCUCGAGCGCUCCUUCUCCCUUGGUACAGCAGCACGCCGAGGAAUGGAUGAUAUCCUUCCACUGGUGAAGAAUAUAGUCCCUCAGCUGACGUCUAAAAAGCACAAAGGCCAAGAUGGGCGGAUUGGGAUUAUUGGGGGAUGUCAGGAGUAUACAGGAGCUCCAUACUUUGCUGCUAUCUCUGCAUUGAAAGUGGGGGCCGACGUGUCACACGUAUUCUGCGCUAAAGCUGCAGCGACGGUGAUCAAAUCCUACAGUCCGGAGCUCAUAGUUCAUCCUGUGCUGGACAGCCCCAAUGCAGUGGAGGAGAUAGAGAAAUGGCUCCCCAGACUUCACUGCCUGGUGGUGGGCCCGGGGCUGGGCAGAGACGAAAUGCUGCUGAAAACCGCCAAGGAAGUAAUUGAGAAGUCCAAAGCAAGAGAUAUCCCUAUAGUUAUUGAUGCAGACGGGCUGUGGCUGGUUGCUCAGCAACCAUCAGUCAUCCAAGGGUACAAGAAGGGCAUCCUCACUCCCAACUACAUGGAAUUCACCCAGUUGUAUGAGGCUAUGCACCAUGAGCCUCUGGAUAGCAGUGACCAUCAGAGGAGUGCCAUGGAGCUCAGUGUUGCCAUGGGCAACCUGACUGUGGUGCUCAAGGGGGAGGACGACCUUAUCACUGACGGCAAAAAGGUGAUCUUGUGCAGACAGGAGGGCAGCGGGUGUAGGUGUGGGGGACAAGGUGACCUCCUAUCUGGCUCUCUGGGAGUGCUGGCACACUGGGCAUACACCUCCUCAGCAGACAUGACCAAAAGUGUGAACCCGUCAGUGGUGGCAGCGUUCGGGGCCUGUUCUCUGACCAGACAGUGUAACAGACAGGCCUUUCACAAACAUUGGCGAGCCACCACCACCACAGACAUGAUCCAGGAGAUCAGCUCCGCCUUCAAAAAACUAUUUGAGAGCUGAGAACGGUCUACAGGGUUCCAAGAUACUCACAUACGUACUGUACAUACACUUACAUACAUGCAUACAUACUGUACAUAGACAUAACGACACACUCUUCCAUGGGAAUCCUGAGAAUCCAUUCUCUAUCUUUACUGUCAUCCAGAAUAGAAUCUUAGUGACAGUAUGGCACCGGUGUGGUCUCCUGUUUUUGUCAUAAACAUCUUUUACAUUGUAAAUAUUAAAAUGUUGUUUGAAAGUUAACUUCUUUGUUCUGUCUUCUACCCCUUUGUUCUGUCUUCUACCUCCCUCACAGUGUUGCACAGAGUUAGAUUAUCCAAUGUAUCAAUGAUAACUGUCAGCUCAAACAGUGCAAAAUGCCUGCGAUGGAGAGAAACUUUGUUUACAUUUUAAAUAAUUGCCAUUCUGUCAUACUGCCACCUGAGGGCGCAUACAUUGUAUUUACAAUAUGGCGGGUUAUCGCCUUCAUAACAUCAGAGCAAAACUAUGGAACUGUAUCAAGUUAAGAUGUAACAUCAACAUGUCAGGCAUCAACCAUUUUCACAAGAUCUGCAUAAUUGUAAACUAAAUGCAUUAAAACAAUAGACUCAAACAGA